UGAGCUGUAAGAAUGAGGCAGCUUGAACCAGUCCCACCGUCUUGUCUGCCUGCUGGCCCACCCUCACCGAACCCCACCUUCUUUCUCUCUCUCUCACACACACACACAUUCGUCCAAGCGUCUUUCAAUCAUCGCAAGAAGAGAAUCCCACCACAAUAAUAAUAUUGCGUCGACCGACAAACGUUGCGGGAGAGAAUAUAGGCACUCCACCUCCCCCCAUCCCGUCAAAUUUUCCGAAAUUUUACUCCCUCCUUCAAUCCCUUUUUUCGUAUAUUUUUGGAAAAGAGAAUCUCUUCCUCGUGUACAGACAAGAAUUUAUCACCAGACGGCUAUAUUGGUAGCUGAAUUUCAGUAGAAUUUUCAUAAUAAUGGAUGAAUUUGGGGUCUUGGUUGAGAGCAUUGGAUUCAGAGCCCAUGGGAAAUCAGCUCCCAUGGCGAAAUCGAAGCCCAAACCUAAAUCCCAUUUCACAGCCCAUAGCACCGUUUCUACGUCCUCGUUUGAUGAUUCUUAUUCCUUACCUGUUGACGAGCUGGAUGGAAUUUUUAGAUCGAAUGUUAACAUAAGUAAAACUCAGCAAUCCCAGAAUUCUUUUGGUGAUGAUGAUAUUUUUGGUGGUCCCGUCCCGAGUUCGAAUCAAUAUGGAGGGGUUGAUUUGGAAUCCGUGUUUAGUAGCUCAAUUAAUCGGAAGAAUAGUAGUAGUAAUCUGAAUUCAUGGAAUUCUGGAGGUUUCGAUGCUUUUGAUGAUUUGUUGGGUUCAAAGUCAAAGCAGAAAGAUCCAGUGGAUGAUCUGUUUGGAAAUUUUGGGGUCAGUUCCAGUGGGAAGCAUGAGAAAAAGGGCGCUGGAUUGGAUGAUUUCAUACCGGGAUUCGGUGGAGUUAGCCCUUCAAAGACAGAAGGAUACUCUGAGAUAAAGAUCCCUCCAGCGCCAAAAGGUUCCACAUCGAACUCAAGCUCAACUGUGGCUGAUGAUCCUUUCUUAGUCUUUGAAUCAUCGGUAUCUCAGUCAGAUGCCUCUUGGCCAUUUGCUGGGCCCUCAGACCAAAAUAUAGGAAAAGGUUCAGUUCAAUCUUCAAUUGAUGACUUUGAUGAUUUCAUCAUGGGAGGUACCAGGAGUGGUCCAAAAGUUGGAGUGAGGACUGAAGCUAAGCAGCCAAGUCCAGGCACAGCUGGGUUUGAGAAUAAUGACUAUAUAGAUGCAAUUUUUGGUGGUAGUAAUGGUGUACGGCAAAAGAAUAAUGCAAGACCAAGUUCUCUGUCUCAGGAUUCCCUCUUUGACGACAUCUUCCAUGAAGAGAGGGGGCCUGACGUGAAGCAAACUUCAUCACGGUCCGCAUUCAGCACAAAAAAGGCCUCAUCUGGCACAAACGUCAGGAAUGAUUUUUCUUCACUUUUUGGAGAUGUUGCCACCUCGUCUGGAGAGUUUCAUGAAAUUGAGGGUGAACCUGAAGAAAGACGAAGAGCUAGGCUAAAUCGUCAUAUGAGAAUGAACGCACGCAUGCGUGAAGCAGUUGCUGAAAAGAAUCAGCGUGAUCAUCAGAGUCAGCUUGAGCAGGAAGAGAAACGUAGGAUUGCCGAAACUUUGGACAACGAUAUAAAGCGGUGGGCAGCAGGAAAAGAAGGCAACUUACGUGCCUUGUUGUCCUCAUUGCAGCAGGUAUUGUGGCCUGAAUGCGGCUGGCGUCCAGUUUCAUUAACGGACAUGAUUACGUCUGAAUCAGUAAAAAAGGUUUACAAGAAGGCAAACUUAUGCGUCCAUCCGGACAAAGUCCAACAAAAAGGAGCUACUCUUCAGCAAAAGUAUAUUGCAGAAAAAGUUUUUGAUCUUCUGAAGGAAGCCUGGAACAAGUUUAGUGCAGAGGAACUUCGAUGAGGUUUUAAUGAUUCUUCAGUUAGCAAAGAAUGUGAUCGAGACGGGAAGUUGAAGAAGCUUAAGUCACUGAUAAUGCAGGAAGAUAGAAAUACUUGGUGUUUUUUCCCCUUUCAAGAAUGUUGUUCUCUGCUUCAUAUGUUGUCUCAUCUCAUGUUAUGUAGUCUACUUCCCCUUUCAUCCUUAGCCGGAAAGUUAUGCAGAUACCAGUUUACUUACAUUCCAUAAUUUACCGUUUUCAAACUUAUUGGGAAGUUUGGCGAUUUGAGAAAGCUUCAUCUUCUCCCUCUGCUGUAAGUUUGUUUUUGAAUAUUUUUGAAUCGGACUAAGCUGGGCUUUGCCAAGUCAUGUUCGGCCCAGGCCUAAAUUGGAUAUAUAAGCCCUGCUCCCAUUUUACCCAUCA